AUGGCUUUCAAUCGAUAUCCGGCAUCACCUUUAUCACCGAAGCCGCCAUCUGGCCCUAGCCUGUCACCUCAGAAUUCGCAACGAAGGGGCAACCAUGGAAGGCAGUCCUCCAGAAACAUGCAGCUUAAUCUUGGUCGAUUUCAUCCUUCGAACUACGAGCAAGCUGAUCGCUCUUCAAACACGCCUUCUCGUCCACCACAAAUUACAUACACGAGGGCUCCGGCACCAGUGCCAACUGUAGUCGAAUCUCCACGACUUCUCCGGGAGAAACAUCGAGAGUUUCUCGAGAAAGCUAAACUCUCGUCGAAGCUUGCAGCAUCACCUCAUUCAGACAAGCCAGAUGCACCACGGUUAGACCCGCUCGGAAGCCCGAAAGGACCAGUGACACCACUUGCAUUGGAAGAAGCUGGUGACUAUUUUUCAGUAGCAGGUGCUGGUAAGAUCUCUCCAGGAGGCAGCCCAACCACCAGAAGUCCUCGUGCACUCUCAGUCUCGAGUGAUGAUGAAACCAAGCCAGCCGGCAAGAGUCGAAAGAUCGCCUAG